CCCAUGUGAUGGAGGGCUCAGGACGGAUGUUAGUGACUGCUGUGGGUGUGAACUCUCAGACUGGCAUCAUCUUUACCCUGCUGGGAGCUGGUGGUGAAGAGGAAGAGAAGAAAGACAAAAAAGGUAAAAUGCAGGAUGGCAAUGUGGACGCCAGCCAGAGCAAAGCCAAGCAGCAGGACGGGGCAGCUGCCAUGGAGAUGCAGCCCCUCAAGAGUGCCGAGGGCGGCGAUGCCGACGACAAAAAGAAGGCCAACACGCACAAGAAAGAGAAGUCUGUGCUGCAGGGCAAGCUCACCAAGCUGGCCGUGCAGAUCGGCAAGGCAGGCCUGGUGAUGUCAGCCAUCACGGUGAUCAUCCUUGUGCUCUACUUCACUGUGGACACCUUCGUGGUCAACAAGAAGCCAUGGCUGCCCGAAUGCACGCCUGUCUACGUGCAGUACUUUGUCAAGUUCUUCAUCAUUGGCGUGACAGUGCUGGUGGUCGCCGUGCCCGAGGGGCUCCCUCUGGCUGUCACCAUCUCGCUGGCCUACUCGGUGAAGAAAAUGAUGAAGGACAACAACCUGGUACGCCACCUGGAUGCCUGUGAGACCAUGGGCAACGCCACAGCCAUCUGCUCGGACAAGACAGGCACGCUGACCACCAACCGCAUGACAGUAGUGCAGGCCUACAUCGGCGAUGUCCACUACAAAGAGAUCCCCGACCCCAGCAAUGUUAACACCAAGACCAUGGAGCUGCUGGUCAACGCCAUCGCCAUCAACAGCGCCUACACCACCAAGAUUCUGCCCCCGGAGCAGGAAGGUGCCCUGCCUCGGCAGGUGGGCAACAAGACGGAGUGCGGCCUGCUGGGCUUCGUGCUGGACCUGAAGCAGGACUACGAGCCCGCACGCGGCCAGAUGCCAGAGGAGAAGCUCUACAAAGUGUACACCUUCAACUCCGUGCGCAAGUCCAUGAGCACCGUCAUCAGGCUGCCCGACGAGAGCUUCCGCAUGUACAGCAAGGGUGCCUCUGAGAUCGUGCUGAAGAAGUGUUGCAAAAUCCUCAGUGGGGCAGGUGAGCCCCGGGUCUUCCGACCCCGCGACCGGGAUGAAAUGGUGAAGAAAGUGAUUGAGCCCAUGGCCUGCGACGGGCUCCGCACCAUCUGUGUGGCCUACCGCGACUUCCCCAGCAGCCCAGAGCCCGACUGGGACAAUGAGAAUGACAUCCUCAAUGACCUCACCUGCAUCUGCGUGGUGGGCAUCGAAGACCCUGUGCGGCCCGAGGUCCCAGAAGCCAUCCGAAAGUGCCAGCGGGCAGGCAUCACGGUCCGCAUGGUCACCGGGGACAAUAUCAACACAGCCCGGGCCAUCGCCAUCAAGUGUGGCAUCAUCCACCCUGGGGAGGACUUCCUGUGCCUCGAGGGCAAAGAGUUCAACAGGAGGAUCCGGAAUGAGAAGGGAGAGAUUGAGCAGGAGCGAAUCGACAAGAUCUGGCCCAAGCUGCGGGUGCUGGCUCGCUCCUCCCCCACGGACAAGCAUACCCUGGUCAAAGGCAUCAUCGACAGCACACACACUGAGCAGCGGCAGGUGGUGGCUGUGACAGGGGAUGGGACCAACGACGGGCCUGCGCUCAAGAAGGCUGACGUGGGCUUCGCCAUGGGCAUUGCAGGUACCGAUGUGGCCAAGGAGGCCUCGGACAUCAUCCUGACAGAUGACAAUUUCAGCAGCAUCGUCAAGGCAGUGAUGUGGGGCCGCAAUGUCUAUGACAGCAUCUCCAAGUUCUUACAGUUCCAGCUGACAGUCAAUGUGGUGGCCGUGAUCGUGGCCUUCACGGGCGCCUGCAUCACGCAGGACUCGCCUCUGAAGGCCGUGCAGAUGCUCUGGGUGAACCUCAUCAUGGACACGUUUGCCUCGCUGGCGCUGGCCACCGAGCCACCCACUGAGACCCUGCUCCUGAGGAAGCCAUACGGCCGCAACAAGCCCCUCAUCUCGCGGACCAUGAUGAAGAACAUCUUGGGCCACGCUGUCUACCAGCUCACGCUCAUCUUCACCCUGCUCUUUGUUGGCGAGAAGAUGUUCCAGAUCGACAGCGGGAGGAACGCGCCCCUGCACUCGCCGCCCUCGGAGCACUACACCAUCAUCUUCAACACAUUUGUCAUGAUGCAGCUCUUCAAUGAGAUCAACGCCCGCAAGAUCCACGGCGAGCGCAACGUCUUCGACGGCAUCUUCCGGAACCCCAUCUUCUGCACCAUCGUGCUGGGCACCUUUGCCAUCCAGAUAGUGAUCGUGCAGUUUGGAGGGAAGCCAUUCAGCUGCUCUCCACUGCAGCUGGACCAGUGGAUGUGGUGCAUAUUCAUCGGGCUAGGAGAGCUCGUCUGGGGCCAGGUCAUCGCCACCAUCCCAACCAGCCGGCUCAAGUUCCUGAAGGAGGCGGGCAGGCUCACGCAGAAGGAGGAGAUCCCAGAGGAGGAGCUCAACGAGGAUGUGGAAGAGAUAGAUCACGCCGAGAGAGAGCUGCGGCGGGGCCAGAUCCUAUGGUUCCGCGGCCUGAACCGGAUCCAAACCCAGAUUGAAGUAGUCAAUACUUUCAAGAGCGGGGCCUCCUUUCAGGGGGCCCUGCGGAGACAGUCCUCCGUCACCAGCCAGAGCCAGGACAUCCGCGUCGUGAAGGCGUUCCGUAGCUCUCUCUAUGAAGGUUUAGAAAAGCCUGAGUCUCGAACCUCCAUCCAUAAUUUCAUGGCUCAUCCUGAAUUCCGGAUCGAAGAUUCACAGCCCCACAUCCCCCUCAUUGAUGACACUGACCUGGAAGAAGAUGCCGCGCUCAAGCAGAACUCGAGCCCGCCGUCCUCGCUCAACAAGAACAACAGCGCCAUCGACAGCGGGAUCAACCUGACGACCGACACAAGCAAAUCAGCUACCUCUUCAAGUCCAGGGAGCCCCAUCCACAGCCUGGAGACGUCGCUUUAGCUGAGGACCCUGCCACCACCCGCCUCCUGGGCACCCACCCAUCCAGGCACCCAACUCACCCAAGCAGCAACGAGCAACAACAGGAAACCAAAUACUGGAGAGAAAACCAACGUUUCCACCAACAGACCCUUUCUCUGGCUGCGAUGCUGUUUGAACUCUUUUUCACUUUGAGGCAAGGGGCGGGAUCUCCAACUGGGGCUUAUGGGCAUGAGCAGUUUUCCCAAAAGAAGCCCUUCCUGGCUCCCACCCAAACAUGGACCAGCCAUGCACCCGCCCGGCCACCACGUUCCCCGCAUGAAUGUACUGUACACUUUCAAUCCUCCCCUUGUUUGGUUUUGGGGGGGCUGAGGAGGGGUUUUUUUGUUUGUUUGUUUUCUUAGGCGGGAACUGCAAACAGACUCUUUUCUGAGACUAUUUAUCCAAUCCACUGGUCUGUGAGUUUUUGAAAUGCUUGCACAGCAUGGUCUCAGUUGUAUAGAUUAAUUUAAUAACUUUUUAAAACUGCAGAGCUUAACUCGCCUAGUAGAGUUGCAGCAAUGGAACCGAAGAACUUCAUAGACACUCACAAGGUUAUAUCCAUUUAUUUGUAUCUAUAUUAACGUAUACUUCUCCAAGACUGUAUACGUCCAUAUAGAUAGGUAGAUAUAUAUAUAAAUAUAUAUACAUGGAUAUAUAAAGUUUCUUUGCCGGCAUGUUGCCUUGUUUCUGCUUAAAUUGCUCUAUUUUAACUUAUUUAUGUCCUAAAAGGAGAAUGUAAUUUGUUUACAAACCUGUAGAUAAUGUAUUUGGCUAUUUGUAUGGUUUAAGAACAUUGGUGGCUGACAUGCUAUAAAAACAGCUCGGCCCAGCAGACACUUGCCCUGGAUUGCAUCUUUGAUGUUUUAUGAUAGCCAUGCUCUGAUUUUUGCCUGCUAAUUCCGUUCAAUAAUGUCACUACCAUGGGAGGCUCAGGCAGAAGCCAAAUGCUACCAAGUGUCUAUCCUGAUGGGUCUAACAACGUGCUCCGUAGACGAAGGGAGAGGAGGAGAGAAGGCUUCCUGGGUUUGCAACACUAACAGCCAUCCUGGCCCAAGAUGCCAGGAUCUGCAAAGCAGAUUUUUCUCUCAAUGAAACUCACUUGAGUUUACUAAGAGCAUUUCAAAAACAGGUUCUCUUUGGCGCUGUCUGUAUAGAGAUUGAGGUAGUGUUGAAUCAUUAUAAAUGCUACUGUGUUGACUUUUUUUUAGUUAGUAAUUUAGACGUUUAUUUCUUUAUAAAUUGCAGCAUUAGAGCUAUUGGCAUAUUGGAUGAGGAUUGUUAUGGCUUGCUGCUUUUAUUUUUGUUUUUAAAGAAGAAUAGCCUUUUUCUCUGCACUAUUUAGAUCCGAAUGAACCUUACAAUAUGUAUAUUGAGAUGUAUUGUGUGAUUUUAAACCAAAUUGUCUUCCUGUAGUCAUAAUAUAUACUGUAGCCUUCUAACAGCAAGUCUUGCUUUCCUCAACAGAAAGCCAUUCUAAAACUCUACAGUAUCACAGGUGAGAAAAGGUGGUUAUUUUUCCCCCAAGACAAUAACAACACUAUUAAUCCCACUUAAUAAGAGCUUAUUUAAUUGUAUGUCAGCCUCUUAACUGCUAAGCACUUUGUGGGUCUCAGCUUUUUUCAUAAAAGAACUUUUGUAUUUAAUACAAAGUUUGCUUUGAGACUUUUCAGCAUACGAUCUUUUUCCAUAAACUUGUACAGUACAAAAGACAUUUUGAAUACCAUGAUCGAUGAUGUUCCAUGCUUCGAGGAAAACCAAACACUUUCCACCUCGCUUGCAAAGUCCAUUCCUCAUGCUGACCUUUCCCACAGCUGCUGUGUCAGCCUGGCCCCUUUCCUUCUCCAGGCCCAGAGAACUUUUCCACAAACAAUAUGAGAGCCACUUGGGAAAAGAGCCAUAGUCAGCUGGAAGAGCCUAUGUCUGGAUGGCUGUGGAAAAACUUGAGGGUUUGGGGUUCAAAGUCAGCCCAUCCCACCUGGCAAAAUCUUUCUGUAAGAAGGACCUUCUUUUCGAGAGAGCUGCACCUGAAAUGUCAUGAAGAAAUAUUCCUGAAUGUAUCUAGCAGAGGAAACUGCAUACCCAAAGGGGUCACCAGCCCUCAGAUGUGCUUAUUGGAUUCCAGUACAAACACCACAAAAGCCAGCCCACUGCUCUCCGAGGAAGGAAAGACCUGCACGUGUAAAGCAUGGGGCAGCCUUGGAACAUGGUGUUUUUUGGAGUUUCCUUUCUCAUGGUUUUCCAUCUUCCCCUUCUUUGUUCAUUCGUGUGUCCAUGACCUCAUUCCAUGACAUCAGGAGAGUUCUGCUUGCAGACCGUGCUCCCUGUUCAUCUGGAGACAGGACACAGGGAAAACAGGAGGGGUUCUGAGUGGAGCUUAGCCUGGGGAGUAGGGAGUAAAGGGUGCCUGACGGUCGUGUUGGCCUUUUCUGUCAGGAAUGGUGGCUGUUUACACACUCACACCCCUCACUCUCACACACAGCCACACACACAGGAAAAGAUUGGUUUGUCAAAACUCACAUAGUACAUAAAGCUUGCAAUUCUGCGUCCUAUAUCUAGCAGCAUGGGGUACGUUUGGCAGUUCAUCCCAAUAGGGGGUAAAUAAUUUAUGACCAUUCAUCUGUUUUUAUGAAUUUUUUUAUCUAGACAGUAAUUGUAAAUAAAAAACUCACCAUCUCUGUUCAUUUAAUACUA